AUGGCAUUUGAAGAUUAUUCCAAUCUUGAAAAUGCUUUAAGUGGUGUUAUUACACCUACAUACAUGCCUACCUACAAUAUUAACAACUUACUUGAACAAAAAACUACAACAACUGAUCAAAUUAACAUUGGAAAUGAGGUUACUUACAAACCAACUCUUGAAAACCUUAAAAAGAACAUUGAAUUAAUCAACGUGCCAAUUAUAAGAGAUUUGGUUCAACCUUUAACAAUCAGAUCACUAUUUGAAGUAAAUGAUAAUAAUCUUUCGUGGUUGUUUUCAUUAAGUGACGAUAUGUUUAAAGAUGAGUCCAGUAUGACAAUCGAGUUGAAAAGAGCCCUUAAUAAUCACGGUAACGAUUCAUUAUUUUUAUCCCAAAUGUUAAUUAUUAUCACUAUAAACGUAAUUGUUAUUCAAAUACUUAUCAAAUUAAAACAAUUGUGUUUCGAUCAGGAACAAGCUGGUAUUAAUAUAGGAUAUACUAAGGAUGAACUCCAAAAGCAGAAUUUCACUCAAUUUAUGGAACUAUGUAUAGUUGAAUGCAAUGAAAUAUUUUCCUUUUUGGAGUUGAAUUCAUUAUCAUCAAUAACAGUCAAAGGCAAACAUCCAAUCUACUUUAAUCAAUAUUAUAACUUAUCAUUAGCAUCAUUACAUCUUUGUAACUAUUAUCAUAGCUUGAAUUUAACCAAGAUAAUAAAUCAAGAUGGAAUCUAUUGGGAAAGUAAAGCUGAAAUAAAUCAAGCGAUUUUAAAUUUGAAUAAAAGUAUUAAUUUUUUCCACUUGUUAGAGAAUAAUGAUUCUGACAUUUUCUUAAAAGAACUAUUAAAAAGCUUGUAUUCUAAAGAAAGAUAUUUAUUGAUAUUUUCAUCUUUCAGUAAUAGUUUAAAAAUGUCCUUCUAUCUGUUUACACCUAAAUUGAAUUUCGAAUAUUGUGAUGCUAACACUGAAGAGAAAUUGUUGCGUUUAUUCUGUCUAUUCGAUCAAUUUGGUUAUCAUCAUGAAAGAGGGAAUUUUAAAUUUGAAGACUUUUUUAACAAACUUCUUUAUAAUACCAGAUUUGACAAAGUUUUAGCAUACAAAAGUGAAGAUGACCAACUAUAUAAAGAAUUAAUCAAGCAUUUAGAAUUAUGGAAACCUACUAAUGGAAUAAAUGCAGAGAAGUUUCAAGUAUUCGAAAUUUUAUCAAACAUUUUACAAGUUAAGUUUCUCUUACUAUAUCCCAAGACUAUCGAAACUACAAGAGAAGUAUUGUCAUCCAGAUUACAUGAUUUAAAUAUUCAUUUAGGUUCCCCAAACGAUUAUGUUUCUAGAGUCAUGAUUUCAAAUUAUCAAUUAUUGCCUCAAUUAGUGCACAUUUUAAAAAUUGCAUUACAUGCUAACAAUGAUAAUUUAGAUCCUUAUCUAACAAGUGAAAUUGAAACAUUUAAUAAAUCUCUAAAACCUCACUUUCCAUCGUUUGAUAAUAUCCAACAAUUGUAUAAUUCUGAUGAAUUGCUCAAACAAGCUUAUGAAAAAUUAAUGAAUGCAAGGAAUCCGAAAAAGAGACCCAAUAACGAAAAUAAUACAGGGCACGAACCUGGAAGUUCAAAAAGAAGAGAAAGGUAA